GACAACAGUUAGCUCUUGCAAUACCUAUAAAACAGAAAAUCAGCACAGUGUCAUAGCAGAUGAGAAUCCUGUUCAGAAAUGGAUACUAUCAGCUACGAUGCAAGCAGUGAAAAGUUUAACAGCAAGAAUUAUCCAGCAGAUCCGACAGGGAAAAUGCAAAAAUUUGCAAUCAUGAAGACCUUCUGUUUGUGUCUACUCAUGGUGGUUGUCACCUUCUGUAUGGGGUUGGCUGUGGUGACUCUCUCCCCAAAAUUAAAAGCCAUAAAAGAGAGGGGACACAUGGAGGCAGUUGAAGAUAUUCAGCACAUUAGCAAUCUGCCGCAGUCCAAAUACAAGUACCUGAACCACAUGCAAAAAUCAAAGAGAUUUGUCCUGCAGGGAGGAGUGGUCCAGUGGGCCAGGUACCGGGCAGACCCCACCCACUACGACACCCAGAACGAGAGAGCAUUCGGUGAAAGCAUUCACGCCAACGGUGCUCGCAUGACUGCUUCCACACUGGAGAUCAAACCCAAUGGCUGCAGAGUACCCCACUGGCAUUUCAACGCUAACGAGCAUGGCUACCUCAUCAAGGGAAAAGUAUGGAUCGGGAUCCUGGACUCUGCCCCGUUCUCUGUGACCUCGUACAAUGUGUCGGCGGGGCAGGUGGUCUUCCUGCCCCGGGCCACCCUGCACUGGAUGAAGUGCGUGGGACGGGAGAACUGCCUCUUCAUCCUCUUCUUCACCACCAGCGACGAGCUUGUCACUCGCGAUGUGGACGAUGUGUUUUAUGCCACGCCCAAGGACAUUGCUGCGCGUUCCCUCAAGCCAAAGGGUGGCAUUAGCUUCAUCAACACCUUCAAGCAGCCAAAGGAAAACCAGGCUGUGAACCUCCCACCGAAUCUCAAUGAACUGGUGCGUAAAGCCAGCUACACCAGAUCCAGGAUUUUCCAAGUGUCCAAGUACUUCUUCAAUAUGAGAGCCACCAAGAGGUACAGAUACCCAGGAGGGAUAAUACAGUGGGCUCGAUACACCAAGAGAAAGACUGGGCUGCCAUUAGUUGAAAGGAUUUUUGCCAAGUCUCUCAAUGAGCAUGAAGACACUUUGACCUUGGCAACCAUGAGGAUCUUUAGAAGAGGCAUGCGACAGCCUCACUACCACUUCAACGCCCACACCAUGGGCUAUGUGCUAAGAGGCUGUGCAAGGGUUGGUGUUGACAGGAAUGCAACCGAGUUCACGAUGAGCAGCGGCGAUGUGUUUUUCGUCCCCCGCGGUGUCCAGCACUACAUUAUGAAUGUGGGGCAGGGAGAAUUGACCAUGGUCAUCGCCUUUAGCACUCACGAUGAGCUUCAAACAUUGGACAUGAAUGUUUAUUUCCAGAACACCCCAGACUUCAUCCUGGCUCAGCUUUUCCUGAAGAAACAGGAUGAAUUCCACAAAAUUCCAACCUUCAGGCGUGACCAAGACAUCAACUUGCCUUAAACUAGCAGAACCAGCCAUCUGCCACAAAUCAUGCUUACACUCUUUCAUUAAGAACGGCUGAGUCAGUAAUGUCAUACAGCAUGUCAGAAUAAUCUUUUAUUGUUUAUUUUAUAAUGAAAUGUAAGAAAUCCCAAAUGUAUUAUAAGGUAUGUGAAAUCAGAGAUGGUUGGUUUACUCACCAGGCAAUGUGCCUUUUAAAAGCUUCUAUGACCAGCUCACAACAUACAUCUAUUAUAUGCAUCGAUACAUUGAGCUCCAUAAUGUUGGGGAUUAAGACAUUGUUUUAUGUGGCUCCAUACAAUUUGAGCUUUGUCAUGUAGAAGUCACAUGUGGUUUAUGUGCUGAUUGUCAGCUUUUAUUAAAGGGUAUUUUUAUUCAGUUGUGUUCUAUUGCUUCCUUAGGGCAUGUAUAAGAGAGUUUUCCCUAUCUAGUCUUUGGCUGGCCUUUGGAGUCUGUUAUUGGCAUUUGUCAACAUGAGUUCUGCUAAUGUGGUCAGGGAAACCAUUAUGAGGCUGAUAAAUAAGGAAAAACUGUUUGGAACAUCAGUAAGAAGAAAGAGAGCUCACUUGGUGAGCUCAGUAAUCACAAAGGGCCUGGUUGGCCAAAAACAAUGUUGAUUUGAAUUUGAUGGAUAUGAGAAGUUACUACUGUUCGCAGAACACUUCAUAAACAGAACUACAGAGAUUAUGCUGCAAGUUGCAAACCACUAGGUAGAUGCAAAUAUGGGAUAGGAUAGGCAGGUUACUGUUUGUUAAGAAGUACCUAAAAGCCUGCAGAGUUCUGCCAAAAGGUAUUGUGAAGACCAAGAUUGACUUGUAUCAGAGUGAUGGCAAGAGUAGUGUACAAAAAUAACUUCCCAAGAUGCAAAGCACCCCCCUCAUCUAUGAAACAUGGUGGUGGGGGUGUUAUAGUGUGGGCAUGUAUGGCUGCCACUGGUUCACUUGUCUUCACUGAUGACAUAACUGCUGACAGAAGCAGCAGAAUGAAUUCUGACAGUCUGUACAGAAACAUUGUAUCUGCUCAUGUUCAAGCAAAUGUUUCAUGUAUAUAUCUUUGUCCCAAAAAUUAUGGAGCUCACUGUCCUUGUUAUUGUUGAAAUUACACUUUGCGAUUAACAUGUAGGUAUUAAUGUAUUAUUUUAUGUAGUUGACAAUUUUUGCUAUAGUUAACUUCUUUCUAGUUGAUGCUUACAAAUGCGCAUGUCAUUUCAUAAUAAAACAGAGUAUAAACAAA